AGAGAGAGAGAGAGAGAGAAGCCUCAGUGUAGAGCGGUGCUCGAAAUCAUAGAAUGUCAUAGUGACAAGAGGCGCUAGGACGAGGCUGGGGGAAGCAACUUGCAUAAGGACCCACUUGCAGCACAGGCCAGAGGCAGGAUUGGAUCCCUUGUCAUCAGGUCAUUCAUCUUCAAUUUGUCUAAAGUAGUGUUCCAAAAUGGUUUAGCCAUUUCUCAUUAGCCUUAGUUAGCAUCCUCCAAUCAAGGACUAAGAGUAACCCCAGCACUCAGGUAAUAAUGGACCCUUUCUCAAGCCCCUAAGCAUCGAGAACACGUUUCAUAGAACGUUCACUGCCAUCCCCGCCUCUUACUUCUGAUUACAGCUCCCUGGAUUGCUGCAGAAAUGUCCCACAGGAAAAUGCACCUGGCUCUCUCUCUGGCCCUCAUCCUCUGUGGCCUUUUUAAUAGCAUCUUCUGUCAAGUGAAACAAAGAUCCAAAUGGAGCAUUUACCCAGUCUCGUCAUGGGAAGUUUCACCUGUCCACCACAAGAUCGAAGCUGGCAAUAAGGCUUUUGCCCACAAAUUGUUCAAAACCCUGUUAAUGGAGCAUCCCAGAAAGAAUAUAAUCUUCUCCCCUCUGAGUAUCUCUGCCUCCUUCGCCAUGCUUUCCCUGGGGACCAGAUCCACAACGCUCACCAACCUCCUUGAGGGCCUUGGAUUUGACCUCAAAGUCAUCAAGGUAUGGGACGUGCACCAUGGCUUCCAGAGUGUCAUCCAGAUGCUGAAGCAGCUAAAUAGGGCAGGCCACCUGAUGCAUAGGGACAUGCUCUUUAUUGAUAGCAAUAGGAAGAUCAACUCACCGUUUCUGUGGGACACACAGGCGAUGUAUGACGUGAGGGCCCGGAUGAUUGACUUCCGAGAUGUAGUAAAGACCAAAAAGCAAAUCAAUCACUUUGUGGCUGAAAAAACUCACAAGAGAACCAAGGAACUCAUCACCUCUCUGAACCCUCAUACUUUCCUGUUUCUUGUAGACUACGUUUUCUUCAAAGGCACUUGGGAAAUGGCUUUUCAUAGCAACCUCAUGCACAAGGAGGACUUCUUUGUGGAUAAACACACCACAGUGCCGGUGGACAUGAUAUGGAAGACGGGACAAAUGAUUUACAGCCGAUCGGAGGAGCUGUUUGCUACAAUGGUUAAAAUUCCUUUCGUUGGAAACAUGUCCAUAGUCCUUGUGCUCCCAGACGUGGGACAGCCUGACUCUGCUGUAAAAGAAAUAGUUGUUCAGAGAGCUACACUCCUGCAAUCCAGUAAUAUGAGAUGGGUGCACAUAAUUAUGCCCAAGUUCAAGAUCUCCUCCAAGAUAGACUUAAAAAAAAUUCUUCCCAAGAUGGGCAUCAGUAAUGUGUUUACUACAGGAGCAAACUUCUCAGGCAUCACAAAGGAGGAUUUCCCAACUAUCUUUGAGGCGAUGCAUGAAGCCACAAUGGAGGUGAGCAAGGAAGGCAAGAUGGACACCUCCAAGGACAUGGACUCAAGGAACACCAUCGCCUGUCACACAUAUACAGCAACCCCUUUGGUUGUAAAAUUCAACAGACCUUUCUUCCUGUUUGUGGAGGAUUGGAUGACUCAAAGAGCAAUCCUCAUGGGCAAAGUCUUCAACCCCAUAGCUGAGUAGAAAUGGGGCCGGGUUCCACAGAGUUGGAAUUCAGCUGUUCCUGAAU